AAUCGAGAUUUUCGUAAAGGAAAAGUUCAUUCGUCGUCGUUGUAAUUCAUUAAACAAUACAUUCGUGUUAUUUUUCCAAUAUCAUGCGCAAUGUUGAUCAUUAUCACAUAAUUUAUUAAAUUAUUGAAAUCGUGUAAAGUCGUGUAAUAGGCUGACUUGAUCGAAUUUGUUGAUUAUUUUGCACUGUCAUUUUCGAUCCAUUUUAUUAAUUCGUCACUGAGAAAUUUGAUUUCGGGGUUGAAGUUUAACAUGGACGGUAACAAGGAUGAGGCUGAAAGAUGUGUCGAUCUUGCGGAACGUUAUAUUCGUGAAAAAAAAUUCGAAGAUGCGGAAAAAUUUAUACGCAAGGCACAAAAAUUAUAUCCAACUCAAAAAACAGAUGAUCUAUUAACAAAAGUAACAAAUUUAAUCAAACAAAAUGGAAAAAGUGAAUCGGAGCCUACCAUUAGAAAAAGGCAUACUGCUAAUAAAGAUGGCUCUCAAUCACAGGCUACUGUCGAAUAUACAAAAGAUCAACUUGAAGCUGUGAAAAGAAUUAAAAAGUGUAAAGAUUAUUAUGAAAUUUUGGGAGUAAGUAAAGAUGCAACGGACAGCGAUAUUAAGAAAGCUUACAAAAAGUUGGCACUUCAAUUACAUCCAGACAAAAACAAAGCACCAGGAGCUGCAGAAUCAUUCAAAGCUAUUGGAAAUGCUGUAGCUAUUCUUACGGAUGUUGAAAAACGAAAACAAUAUGAUCUUUAUGGUCCCGAAGAGGAAAGACUACAAAGUAGUCAAGCUCGUCAAACUCAUACGCAUUAUAAUUACACGCGAGGUUUUGAAGCUGACAUUACUGCUGAGGAAUUAUUUAAUAUGUUCUUUGGUGGAGGAAUACCUCAACAAGAAUUUUAUAUGAGACGUACUGGUGGUAGAUGGAUGAGACAACAAGAAACACAAUCACAAAGCUCUCAUUCUCAGCAAGCAAAUGGAUAUACGACAUUUGUCCAAUCAUUGCUUCUUUUGUUGUUAAUAUUGAUAUCUAUGAUGAGCAGUUUUUUUAUAUCAGAUCCUAUAUAUAGUUUACAUCAUAGUGCCAAAUAUCCUAUAGCAAAAAAAACUCAAAAACUUAACAUACCGUAUUUCGUUAAAGAAAAUUUUCAUACCGAAUAUCAGGGCAAUGUGCUUCGAUUAGAAAUAUCUGUUGAGGAAGAAUAUUUGUUGACUUUAAGACAAGAUUGUUACAGAGAAAAAAAUUACAGAGAUGCGAUGGUAUGGAAAGCUCGUAGUUUUCACGAUACAGAUAUGUAUGAGAAAGCUAAACAUAUAGAAACACCUUCUUGUAUAAAAUUACAAGCCUUUAAAGCUCAAUAGCAGCGUAUACAUAUAACUCAUUAGAAAUUGUGUUGUUGUAGAUAAAUGUAUAAUAAUAUAUUCACAAAGUACAUAUUUCUUUUGAGUGUGAUGGCAGCAUGUUUUGAGUUAUAUGUUUAUAUAUAUAUAUAUAUACAUAUAUAUAUCUAUUAUUCAUAAAUCGCGCGCCUUGCAUAGCCUGUCAUUUAAUUAUUACAUACAUAGAGACCAUGCAUGAUAUUUGAUCUUGUAUCUAUGUCAAAUUGUUAAUUUGUCAGUUUGUUUUUUUUUUUUUUUUUUUUUUUUUUUUAUUUCUUCUUCCUUCCUAGAGAACAUUAAAUUGUUAUGGCAACUUUGUGCUAUUAAAAAAACAAAAAUAAUAAUAAUAUUUUAAUUUAAGUUAUAAGAAGUUAAAUUUUGUUGUCGGAAAUUAAUCAGAAAUAAUUUUUAAUCAAGAAUAAUUUCGUCAGAAUAUAAUACACCUUCGUUAAAUUCGAGAAUAUAAUGUGUUUGUUCUUAGCAAUUUUCUAAAUGAUUUUUCUCAUUCAACUUUUUGAUAAGAAUCAUUUUCUUAUUUUUAAAUUUGUUUUUUAAAGUUCCCCGAUCUCUCUUACACACAACAAAUGUAAAAGAUUUUUUUCUUGUUUUUUUUUUUUUUUAUUGUAUACAUAUAAAUACAUAAACUUAUAUAUUUCGACAAAAGAUUCUUCUCUUGGCUGUGAUGAAAGUAAAAAACGAUGGAUAUAACAAGUUGAACAGUUAUAAAUAAAAAUGCAAAAAAAGGUGUCUUUAUAAGAUUUCAAAACAGUGAGCAGUCAAGAUUGAGGUUUCCACACAGUAAAGUAUUAUUAAUUUUUGCGAUUAUUGGUCAAAGGCUGUAUAAUAAAUGAUGAAAAAAGAAAAGAAAAGAAAAUAGACAAAAAAAAAAAAAAGAAUUUAAAUAUUUAUAAUAAUAAAUUAAGUUUUAAGAUGUUAACACACGACAUGAAAAAGAUAUAAAAAAAAAACAAAAAUUAGUAAUAACGCAUAAUUGUUUAAAAAAAAAAAACCCUAUAUAUUUACAAUUGUUUUAAAAUGCAUCAUCAUAUAAUGCAUCCUAUUUUAAUGUAUUAUUUUGUUUGUGAAGCAUUAAGAACGAAUAAUUAAGAAAGAAAGACAAGUUAUUACCAAUGAAUAAUCAAAUUUGAUUUUGCCAAUGUAUUAGAGGGAAAAUUGAGAUAUACAAGAGAAUCUGCUUCUUCUGUAAGAAUAAAUUGAAAAAAAAAAAAAAAAA